AUGGAUAAAUUUCGUGGUGCUUUGGAUGGGUGUAGUUUGGCUGACUUGGACUUUGUAGGAGAACCUUUCACAUGGAAUAACAAACGGCCAAGGUUGGAUAAUACUAAGGAAAGGUUGGACAGGGUUGUGGUUGACACAGGUUGGAGAAAUAAAUUCCAGGGCAGUUUGGUCACUCACCUUUUCUCACAUGCAUAUGAUCACCGACCCAUUAUCUUGCAUGCAAGAACUGCCUUAAGGUGUUGUGGCAAACGCACUAACUCAUUUAGAUUUGAAGAAGCCUGGUUGAUGAGGGACGAUUGUGAACAUGUAAUUCAUGAGGCAUGGAGUCAUAUAGGAAAUAAUAUGGAACCGGGUUUGAGAAGGGCAUGGGAGAAAAUCAACGAGUGUGGUUCUGAAUUGCAGGCUUGGGGUGCUUCUCAUACUCAUCCGGAUGAGGCAGAAAUCAAGAGAGUACAAAAAAGGGUCGAGGUUCUAAGUAUGGCUAAUCAUACGGUGGAGAACAAGGCUGAAAUUUUGGCAGCUAGUAAGACUCUUGAUGACUUGCUUCUUAAACAGGAGAUAUAUUGGGCACAAAGAUCCAGAGUAUCUUGGUUGGAGCAUGGGGACAAGAAUACCAAAUAUUUUCACUCCAAAGCCUCUCAAAGGCAAAGGAGAAAUUUCAUUCAUGGGAUCAGAGACCAAAAUAAUGGAUGGGUGGAUGAGCCUGAAGAGAUAGCUAAAGUGGCUAUAGAGUACUUUGAGAGUAUUUUUAGUUCGGGACAUGUCAAAGAAUGGAGGAGUGUCUUAGUGUAG